CAAAGCGGCUCCCCGGGAUGCGGCGCGCGGCCCCCCAGCGGAGUCAGCGCAGUAGAAAGUCCAGUGAAGUGGCGCCUUGGUCCCCGCGUCCUCCUCCCACAUCUCUCAUCCCGGGAGAAGCCCAGGAAAGGAGCGCGUCCUCGCCCGGCUUGGCGGGAAAGUGCCCGUGCAGCCGCGCUGAUCUGUCGGAUGUCAGCACGCCGAGUCCGCGCCAUCCCGCUUCGGCUCUGCGGUCUUUAGGAGGUGGAAGAUGGGUCCCGAGGCGGCGAGCUAGGAGCCCGCGAUUGUCGCGUCAACAGCGGGGGAAGUUCUACGCCUCGCUCGGAUCUUUUCUCACAGUCUCAUUUUGGGGUGAGAUUGAGUAUUCAUCAUGAGUAACAUCUACGAGUCUGCAGAGGCCACGCUGGGCUUCAUCAGCUCUCCGUGCCUGACCAAAGUGGAGCUGAGAGUGGCCUGUCGGGGAAUCUCAGACCGAGACGCCCUCUCCAAACCCGACCCUUGCGUGGUUCUGAAGAUGCAGUCGCACGGCCAGUGGUUCGAGGUGGACCGCACCGAGGUGAUCCGCAGCAGUAGCAGCCCGGUCUUCUCCAAAAUCUUCCUGGUGGACUAUUACUUUGAAGAGGUGCAGAGGCUUCGUUUUGAACUGCACGACAUCAGCUCGGGCAACAACGGCCUGCGUGAUGCUGACUUCCUCGGCGCCAUGGAGUGCACUUUGGGACAGAUUGUCUCACAGAGGAAACUGUCCAAAGCUCUUCUCAAACAAGGCAACACAGCGGGGAAGUCUUCCAUAAUGGUGACCGCGGAGGAGCUGUCUGGUAACGACGACUACGUGGAACUCUCUUUCAGCGCUCGUAAACUGGACGACAAGGAUUUCUUCAGCAAGUCCGAUCCGUUCCUGGAGAUUUUCCGAAUAAAUGACGACGGGAGCGAGUCCCUGGUUCACCGCACGGAGACGGUCAUGAACAACUUGAGCCCCGUGUGGAAGUCCUUCAAAGUUUCCUUCAACACGCUCUGCAGCGGCGACCAUGAUCGGGAGCUAAAGUGUACAGUUUGGGACUGGGACUCGAACGGAAAGCAUGAUUUCAUCGGGGAGUUUCAGACCACCUUUAAGGAGAUGAGGGCGGAGCAAGAAGGCAAACAGAUCCAGUGGGAGUGUAUCAACCCCAAAUACCAGAUGAAAAAGAAGAAUUACAGAAACUCUGGCGUCGUCAUUCUCAACCACUGCAAGAUCAUCAAAAUGUAUUCCUUCUUGGAUUACAUCAUGGGAGGCUGUCAAAUCCAGUUCACGGUGGCAAUAGACUUCACAGCCUCCAACGGGGAUCCUCGAAACAGCUGCUCCCUCCAUUACAUCCACCCCUACCAACCCAACGAGUAUCUCAAGGCUCUGGUGGCCGUGGGGGAGAUCUGCCAAGACUACGACAGUGAUAAAAUGUUCCCCGCUUUCGGUUUUGGAGCGUUAAUACCGCCUGACUUCAAGGUGUCACAUGACUUCGCUGUGAACUUUGAUGAAGACAAUCCUGAGUGUGCUGGCAUCCAAGGCGUGGUGGAGGCGUACCAGAACUGCCUCCCCAAGAUUCAGCUGUACGGGCCCACCAACAUCGCCCCCAUCAUCCAGAAAGUGGCGUCCUCCGCCUCCGAGGAGAUGCACACCAAAGAGGCCAUGGAAUAUUUCAUCCUGCUCAUCCUGACGGACGGCGUCAUCACCGACAUGGCGGACACGCGGGAGGCCAUCGUGCACGCCUCCCACCUGCCCAUGUCCGUCAUCAUUGUGGGCGUGGGCAACGCGGACUUCACCGACAUGCAGAUUCUGGACGGGGAUGACGGCAUCCUGCGUUCCCCCAAGGGCGAACCUGUGCUGCGCGACAUCGUCCAGUUCGUCCCCUUCAAGGAUUUCAAGCAUGCGUCCCCAGCUGCCCUGGCAAAGAGUGUUCUGGCGGAAGUCCCGAACCAGGUGGUGGAUUACUACAACGCUAAAGGCAUCAAACCCAAGUGUAUGUCGGACUAUGAGUCAACACAGACCUUCAGCCCCUGACCACGGACCGACCCCACAUGUUUACACACCAAUGCACAAACGCGGCGUCGUGGACCUACAAUACACAAACAUUAGUCUAGCUCGUUACGGUGAAGCAAUCUAGAGCCCGUUAUGAUUACUGCAUGUUUGGCCAUGAUGGCGUUAGCCGGGAAAUGAUUACUUGUAUAUCUUACAGAUGUUUCUAGAAAUGAGUCUGCAGAACCAGCAUGCGGCCAUCCCAAAGAAAUGAGACUAUAACUUACAGUUGUGCUCGGAAGUUUACAGACCCUGGGAGAAUUUAGGAUUUCUCGGCCAUUCUUCAGAGAAUACGAAUGAUGGCACAAAAACCUUUCUUCCACUCGUGCUUGAUGGUUGUGUGAUGCUAUUUAUUGGCAAACAACUGUGUUUACUCUUUUUCAAUCAAAAUGACAAAAGAAAGUACCCAAAUGACCCUGAUGAAAAGUUUGCAUGGUCGAGUCGCCAGAAGAAAGCCGUUUCUGCGCAAAUUUCACAAAGUAUCCCGCUUACAUGACGCCAAACAGCACAGAAACUGUCAGGUUCAAACACUGAUGACAUCUAUUAAACAAGACAAGAGGCAAGAAUCAAACAGAGACAGAGUUGGCACAUUUCAAUCAAUCAAUCAAUGUUUACUUAUAUAGCCCUAAAUCACUAGUGUCUCAAAGGGCUGCACAAACCACCACGACAUCCUCGGUAGGCCCACAUAAGGGCAAGGAAAACUCACACCCAGUGGGACGUCGGUGACAAUGAUGACUAUGAGAACCUUAGAGAGGAGGAAAGCAAUGGAUGUCGAGCGGGUCUAACAUGAUACUGUGAAAGUUCAAUCCACAAUGGAUCCAACACAGUCGCAAGAGUCCAGUCCAAAGCGGGUCCAACUCAGCAGAGAGAGUCCCGUUCACAGCGGAGCCAGCAGGAAACCAUCCCAAGCGGAGGCGGAUCAGCAGCGCAGAGAUGUCCCCAGCCGAUACACAGGCAAGCAGUACAUGGCCACCGGAUCGGACCGGACCCCCUCCACAGGGGAGAGUGGGACAUAGAAGAAAAAGAAAAGAAACAGCAGAUCAACUGGUCUAAAAAAGGAGUCUAUUUAAAGGCUAGAGUAUACAAAUGAGUUUUAAGGUGAGACUUAAAUGCUUCUACUGAGGUGGUAUCUCGAACUGUUACCGGGAGGGCAUUCCAGAGUACUGGAGCCCGAACGGAAAACGCUCUAUAGCCCGCAGACUUUUUUUGGGCUUUGGGAAUCACUAACAAGCCGGAGUCCUUUGAACGCAGAUUUCUUGCCGGGACAUAUGGUACAAUACAAUCGGCAAGAUAGGAUGGAGCUAGACCGUGUAGUAUUUUAUACGUAAGUAGUAAAACCUUAAAGUCACAUCUUAAGUGCACAGGAAGCCAGUGCAGGUGAGCCAGUAUUUGUGGGUUCUUCCGAGGAUGUCGUAGUCGUAAUGGUUUGUACAGUCCUUUGAAACAUUUGUGAUUUAGGGCUAUAUAAAUAAACAUUGAUUGAUUGAUUAAAUUUGGACUCAGAUCUGAGGAGAGACAUGGCCACUGUACUCUCUGUCCAGUCCCUCACCACGCUCUGCCCAAAGAUUGUACUCCUUCUUUAUUGGACUUUCUCCCCCCUCCUUCCCACAGCUGUUUCCUGAGGGAGGCGGGUCGUAAACAGCAUUGCCUUCGGUUACCAAACAGUUCAAAGAGAGUUUGUCAAAUAGUUCAAAAAGAGUCCCAUAAACUUGUUCAAAGAGAGUCCCAUAAAAUAGUUUAAAGAGAGUUCCAUAAAAUAGCUCAAAAAGAAUUUGUAAAAUACUUCAAAAAGAGUUCCUCUGGAAGUUGGGCGGAUCCUGCCGCCUGUCCGCUUUGAAGUCCCAGUGGAGUUUUACGAGCCUUCUUCUUGGUUGGCUUUAAAGACAGCCUUUUGUCUUCUUGUCAGGAACACAAUGUAAUACAAAGUUGUUUGUGAUCAUUUAGAAACAAUUAUUCUAACAGAAACAAGCCUCAAAUUUCUGAAAGAAAGUAAUUAGGCUUGAUGAGACCAAAAAUGUUACUUUUUGGCCACUCGACCAUGCAGCCCAUUUUCUUCAAGAGCCUCCUUAUUAUGCAUCCAAACAUACAAAGUUGUUUGUGAUCAUUUAGAAAUAAUUAUUCUAACAGAAACAAGCCUCAAAUUUCUGAAACAAAGUAAUUAGGCUUGAUGAGACCAAAAAUGUUACUUUUGGGCCACUCGACCAUGCAGCCCAUUUUCUUCAAGAGCCUCCUUAUUAUGCAUCUAAACAGCCAAACCAAAACUUUUCAGAGAGUCCCGUAUUUCGGCUGAAGUUAAUUGUGGAUUUUUCUUUGCAUCUCGAACAAUUUUCCUGGCAGUUGUGGCUGAAAUCUUUGCUGGUCGACCUGAAUCCCUCAUUUUCCACUUCUUAAUCAGUGUUUGAACACUGCUGAUUGGCAUUCUCAAUUCCUUGGAUAUCUUUUUAUGCCCCUUUCCUGUUUUAUGCAGUUCAAUUACCUUUUCUCGCAGAUCAUUCGACAAUUAUUCUGCCUUCCCCAUGAUUCAGAAAGAUGCCAUGACUUGUCAGAAGCCCACAAACUCACUGACCUUUAUUAUUAAUUACAAACAAACAAGACACAGGUGAGGACUGGAACCUUAAUUAGCCAUUCAAACCUGCUUGUGUCAACUUUUAUGUUUAUGUUAUCAGAUCAAAGUCACUGGGGUGUGUAAAUGUUUGAUCGGGGUCAUUUGGGUACUUUCUUUUGUCAUUUUGAUUUAAAAAGAGUAAACACAGUUGUUUGCCAAUAAAUAGCUUCACACAACCAUCGAGCACGAGUGGAAGAAAGGUUUUUGUGUUAUCAUUCGUAUUCUCUGAAGAACGGCCAAUAAACCAUAAAUUCUCCCAGGGUACGUAAACUUCUGAGCACGACUUUAUUUCUACAACUAGCAAGUGCAUAGAUGACACAGUUUGACAAACUCUGAAUUAGCGCUGCAUUUUGUAUUCAUGCCAAUAUUAGUCCCCAUGCUAGUGUUUUGCAUAAAUGCAUGCAUAAUCCCUCUAGUUUUGGAAUAAAGUACUUCUGUCAUUUCAAUGACACGCUGGGCUGUCUUGUUUCAUUUUCUACCGAAUCAUUUCCAUUUUGCAGGGUAAACAACUGAAGGAUUUUAACCGUUUCUUCUCAAUCUUCUUAUUGUAAAGAGUUUUGCUGGGAUAGCGGAGUACAGUAGGUGUGAUAGGCUGUUUACCGUUGCAUGUUCAUCACAAUAAAGACUCUUGCUUUU